UAUUUAAUCAACUCCUGUGGUGGUGAUAUUGGAUACUCAAUUCACUCCAACAUUAGAACAAAACCCUAAGGGUUCUUGUAAGAACCAAUCGCCGCCAGAUUGAUCUUCUCCUUCAAUAGAAGUAUAAAACACUUUUCCUCUCUUGUUUCUUGAAGAAAAAUUUCUUCUCUUUCAUUAUCUCUCUUCCACAUACAAUAUUUGUUGCAUGUAAACAUGGUGCACAAAGUUGUGUACUUUGUUUCAUGAAAUUGAUUAUGUAAGACAGGAGAGGAAAAACCCAUCCUUCUAUGUUGCUGUUUUAUGCUUGAAAAUGGAACCUUUUUGCAGUUAGGACUGGGUAAUUAUAUUCAUCCAUAAGGUAGGUGUAAAAGUUUUGAUCUUUUUUCUAGUUAAAAAGUUACCAUCUUCAAGCUGUAAGUAGGGUCUUGGCUAUUUCAAGCGUAUGCAAGUUUUAAUUUUCGAGACUGUUUAGGGUGUGAUUAUAAGUUGUGGGUGUUGAUCAGUUUUUGAGUUGUUAUAGUGGGUAAUGGUCAAAUUGGAGUCUUGAAUAUGUUAUCUGAAUUGGGCAGGAGACCGAUGAUAGGAGCUAAUGAUGGAUCAUUCGGUGAUGAUUUAGAGAAGGAGUUAGGGUUAUUGUUGCGUGAGCAACGUAGGCAAGAGGCUGAUGAUCGUGAGAAAGAGCUCAAUUUGUACAGGAGUGGCUCUGCGCCUCCAACCGUGGAGGGUUCAUUGAAUGCAGUCGGGGGCUUGUUUGGUGGCGGAGGCCAUGGUGGUGCCUCUUUCUCAGACUUUGCUAGCGGAAAAAAUGGGAAUGGGUUCAUAACCGAGAAGGAGCUUAGGUCUGAUCCAGCUUACUUAUCUUACUACUAUUCGAAUGUGAAUUUGAACCCAAGGCUUCCGCCUCCUUUGCUGUCGAAGGAGGAUUGGAGGUCUGCACAGAGAUUGAAGGGUGGAAGUUCUGUUUUAGGCGGGAUUGGAGAUAGGAGGAAAGCUAGUGGAGCUGACAAUGGUAAUGGUAGAUCAAUGUUUUCAAUGCCACCGGGGUUUGAAUCGAGGAAACAGGACAGUGAGGUUGAGUCAGAAAACGUUUCUGGCUCCACCGAAUGGGGAGGUGGUGGGCUGAUUGGUUUACAAGGAUUUGGAUUUGCCAGCAAACAGAAGAGCCUUGCUGAAAUCUUUCAGGAUGACUUGGGCCGUACAACUCUUGUGACAGGCCCCCCAUCUCGCCCAGCUAGCUGUAAUGCGUUUAAUGAAAAUGUUGAGACCAUAGGUUCAGCUGAAGCGGAGUUGGCUCAUUUGCGCCGUGAAUUAUCAUCUGCAGAUAAUUUACGAUCGAGGGUGAAUGAUCAGGGCUCAUCUUCUGUUCAAAAUAUUGGCCAGCCAUCUUCUUAUAGUUAUGCUGCUGCUCUUGGUGCCUCCUUGUCUGGGAGAACUACUCCUGAUCCUCAACAUGUUGCCAGGGCUCCUAGUCCUUGUCCUACACCCAUUGGACAAGGGAGAGUUACCACAUCUGAAAAGAGAGGCAUGUCUAGUUCAAACUCAUUCAAUGGCAUCUCAUCUGGUAUGAGGGAGUCUGCAGAAUUUGCAGCUGCCUUUUCUGGCAUGAACCUGUCAACAAAUGGUGUAAUAGAUGAAGAAAGCCAUUUGCCAUCACAGGUUGAACAGGAUGUUGACAACCACCAGAAUUAUCUCUUUGGUCUCCAAGGUGGUCAGAAUCAUCUGAAGCAAAAUACUUACUUGAAGAAGUCUGAAUCUGGGCAUUUACACAUGUCUUCUGCUCCUCAAUCUACCAAAUUGUCAUAUUCUGAUUUGGUUAAGAGCAAUGGUGGUGAGCCAGACCUCAUCAGCUCAUCCUUGAUGGCUGAUAGGCAGGUUGAACUGCAAAAGUUGGCUGUUCCUAGUGGAAAUUCUUACAUGAAAGGAUCACCUACCUCCACCCUUGGUGGUGGAGGUGGCUUGCCUUCACAGUAUCAGCAUCUAGAUGGUAUGAAUUCAUCACUUCCAAACUAUGGAUUGGGUGGGUAUUCCAUAAAUCCAGCACUGGCAUCCAUGAUCGCUAACCAGCUUGGCACAGGUAACCUGCCUCCAUUAUUUGAAAAUGUUGCUGCAGCAUCUGCUAUGGCCAUGCCUGGAAUGGACUCAAGAGUGCUUGGAGGAGGUUUGGGGUCUGGAGCAAAUCUAACUGCUGCUUCAUUGGAAUCUCAUAAUCUUGGGAGAGUGGGGAGUCCCAUGGCAGGAAGUGCUCUUCAGGCUCCUUUUGUUGAUCCGGUGUAUCUCCAGUACUUGAGGACUCCUGAGUAUGCUACUACCCAGCUUGCUGCUAUUAAUGAUCCCUCAGUUGAUAGGAGCUACUUGGGUAAUUCAUACUUGAAUUACCUUGAAAUUCAAAAGGCUUAUGGUUUUCUGUCAUCUCAGAAAUCACAGUAUGGAGUCCCAUUAGGUGGUAAAUCUGGUAGUUCUAACCAUCAUGGUUAUUUUGGGAAUCCUGGCUUUGGUGUUGGUAUGUCAUAUCCUGGAAGUCCCCUGGCAAGUCCUGUCAUUCCAAAUUCCCCAGUUGGACCUGGGAGUCCCAUAAGACACAAUGAGCUGAAUAUGCGUUUUUCUUCUGGAAUGAGUAACUUAGCCGGGGGCAUCAUGGGACCCUGGCACUUGGAUGCAGGAUGCAACAUAGAUGAAAGCUUUGCAUCAUCCCUAUUAGAAGAAUUUAAGAGCAAUAAAACUAAGUGUCUUGAACUUUCAGAAAUUGCUGGUCAUGUUGUUGAGUUCAGUGCCGAUCAGUACGGGAGCCGAUUCAUUCAACAAAAACUUGAGACUGCCACAACGGAUGAGAAAAAUAUGGUUUAUCAGGAAAUCAUGCCCCAGGCUCUUGCUCUGAUGACUGAUGUGUUUGGUAAUUAUGUAAUUCAGAAGUUUUUCGAGCAUGGGCUUCCAUCACAGAGAAGAGAAUUGGCUGGCAAGCUUUUAGGUCAUGUUUUGACACUUAGCCUUCAAAUGUAUGGCUGUCGAGUGAUCCAGAAGGCCAUUGAGGUUGUUGACCUAGAACAUAAAAUAAAGAUGGUUGAAGAGCUUGAUGGUCAUGUAAUGCGGUGUGUACGUGACCAGAACGGGAACCAUGUCAUCCAAAAGUGUAUCGAAUGUAUUCCUGAAGAUAAUAUUCAGUUUAUUGUCACAACAUUCUUUGAUCAAGUCGUGAUUCUCUCCACCCAUCCAUAUGGGUGUCGUGUGAUACAGAGGAUACUGGAGCACUGCAAGGAUGCAAAGACACAGAGUAAAGUUAUGGAUGAGAUUUUGGGAGCUGUUAGUAUGUUAGCACAAGAUCAAUAUGGAAAUUAUGUGGUUCAGCAUGUGCUGGAACAUGGAAAAUCUCAUGAACGAUCUGCUAUCAUCAAGGAGUUAGCUGGGAGGAUUGUUCAGAUGAGUCAGCAAAAGUUUGCCUCCAAUGUUGUAGAGAAGUGUUUAACAUUUAGUGGUCCUUCUGAACGUCAACUACUGGUCAAUGAAAUGCUAGGCACCACUGAUGAAAAUGAGCCUCUUCAGGCAAUGAUGAAAGAUCAGUUUGCUAACUAUGUUGUACAAAAAGUGCUGGAGACAUGUGAUGACCAACAACGUGAGCUGAUCCUUACAAGAAUAAAAGUUCAUUUAACUGCAUUGAAGAAGUACACCUAUGGAAAACACAUUGUUGCACGUGUAGAGAAACUUGUUGCUGCUGGGGAAAGGAGAAUUGCCGCGCAGUCCCUGCACCCUGCUGCUUAGUUCUAAUAGGAAAGAAAGUUGUUUGUACAGCUAACCGAAGCUAGUGUGAGCUUCCUCUCUUUCUUCCUUCCUGUUUUAGAGCUACGUAUUUACCUAUCUUUUCAGAGAGGUAUGGGCUGUUUGAAAAUAAAGCUGCUUGUACCUGAAACUGUACAUUGUAGUUUAAGGUUUAUACAUAGAGUCGAGCAAGCUGAGGUUCAGAUGUUGAAUACAACCUGAUGCCCCCUGCAGAGGAGUUAAAUGACAUACGACUUUUUAAGGGUUUAAAAAUGUGGAGGUAGUCUAAACGUGAUAUGUACAAAUGUUGCUAUGUGGAGAGCUGCUAAUGUUUAGGUGAGGCCAGAGUUUCAUUCCCAUGUAUCCGGAUUUGACUUUUUUUUCUUCUCUUAAAGUACAUUUUUCUUUCGUUA